AAGAAAUAGUAGGACAAGCUUUAACAUUUUACGACUAUAAAAAAGUAGUAGCUAAAUCCGUUGGAGAAAAGGCAUCAACUUUAACGCAUCCUUUGUCCAGAAUUUCUUAUUUACAAUAAGAAUUGCACAUGGAAGAAUACAUAUGAAAGAAAUGCCUUAAGUCUGCUGUAAGCAUCAGUGAUGAAAUUUCCAACAAAAUUUAAGGUUUUGCUCUCACUGAUAUCCGCUACAGUCCUUGUGGUGACAGGCCAAAGGGCAAAGUUCAACGACAACGCAAGUGCAGCUGCCUUAGGGUUAACUAAACAUAAGGCAAAAGAACUUGCAGCUAACCCAAGCGCUUUGGUACACGAGGCUCUGCAUCUUGUGCGACGACGACGGAGUAUUGAACCGAGAUAUGACGACCAAGUGAAGAGGAAUAUCCACGACAAAACUGCCAACUUGGCUAGCAAACUACAUAUUGAGGAAGAUUCAUUUGGAACGGAGAAAGAACAUUCAGUUGACAAACGUCAGCUUCCUGAGGCUCUGGGUACGUUAAAUGACUACAUGGGUGUUGGUGAGAAUUCAGACAGAUUUCACCACUUUACGGCUGGCCCGGGGAAUGAAGACAGGGAAUACAUACGGGAUAAAAAAAGUCUACACGAAAAUGACGUGAUUUCUCUGUCGAGAAGCUCUAAGGACGCAAAGCCACUGGAUUUCAAUCCGCUGUCGCUUGAAGAUUUGAUAAAAAAGAUGGCUCCUUUAUUGAAGGGGAAAGACGGAAGAGAUGGGAAAGAUGGAAAGGAUGGCAGAGAUGGAAGGGACGGUGUAAAAGGUGACCCUGGCUAUCCUGGUCCUCCUGGACCACCCGGAUCUUCUGGAUCAUCAAAGGGGUGUACUGAAGCGUCUGAUACUCGUGGUGUUGUAACUUCGUCAACGACUGCGUACAAGGAGGAGAAGCCAUCUAUUCAUGUGACGAGUGAUGGUAAAGCAUUUCGUUUCUCAGACGGUCUGGAAUAUUCCCGCUGGUGCUCGGAGUGUCCAACUUCACAUUUGGCAGGAGGGAUAAAAUCCACCAACACAUCUUUGGAAAUUCCACGGGACGGUCGCUACUUCGUGUACUGCCAAUUUCAUUUCCUUCAAACUGACAACGAUAGGACAGGAUUCGAAAUCCUGAUCAAUGGAAAUAUUCACCUAUCAAAAGUUGUAAAAGGUGAAGAAGCCACCUACUCUGGUGCUGUUUUUGUGAUGAAAAAGUCAAGCGUAAUCACAGUUAGACUUCUAGGUCAUGGCACCGUAGAAGGUGAUCAUACUGUCAACUUUCUGGGCGCGUAUGAGUUAUGAACGACGCUGUAAGCCCAGAAAACUGUGAGGUGACUAGGAAUAAGCAGAAUUGUUCAUUGACUUCUAAAAAGGUGCCCAGUGUUCACAUAUAUGUUUAUACAAAAAAUUUUCGAAAAAAGAGAUGGUAUUAAGUCUCGGAUCGAUUCAGGAUUUGCUUAAAGAUAUCUAAAAGUUCCUUAUAUUUUUGUCAGGGAUGAUUAGUAGUGAUACGUUGAAUCUGACGUUCUCUCCUCAAAUAUAAAUUCUCUAACGAUUGACGACUAAGGCGUUUUUUAAAGUUGCGAUGCAAAUGACUUCCUAGGACGGUGUCCUGAACCUCAUAUACAUCGCAAAACAUUGACUAUCUAACAAUGGUUAUUGGCAGUCUGUUGUAUUUAAGUGAUUUCUCCAAGAUCUACACCCAGUGUCUUCAACAUAUCAAUAUCAUUAAAUUGCCAGACUGAUUUUGUCCAGAAAUAGUAUACUUUCCUUUUCCGUUUGAGCUCGGUUGUAAGUAUUCUUGCUUGUCUAUGGACGCAUUUUAAUUCUCAGUUGCCUGGCAAAAGCCUCUAUAUCUUUGAUGAAAUUAAGGAUUUACGAUUUAAUUUGAAAGAUGUUGAGGCUUAUUACUGUGGGUAAUCAAUCAAAAAAUUAUGG